AUGUAUCCGCAAAACGUUGGCAUCUUAGCCAUAGAAAUAUAUUUUCCCAAAAGGUUUAUCGACCAAGCAGAACUCGAACAAUUUGAUGGUGUAUCCGCUGGUAAAUAUACCAUCGGUUUGGGUCAGACCCAAAUGGGAUACUGUGAUGACCGUGAAGAUUUAAUAUUGUGA